UUCACAAAUAUAUUACAAAUACCAUUGAAACCAAAUGUAAAGUCUUAUUUAGAAUUAUUGAAAAAUUAUUCACAAAAAAAUAUAACUGAUGAAUUAACAAAUAAUGUAUGGAAAAUAUUUGAAAACCUACAUGAUGAAGAUAAUGACAGUAUCAAGAAAUUAUUCAAACAUCAAUCUCUUAUACCAAGUAUGACACAAUUCGGAUGGAUAAAACUUGAUGACAAACCAUAUAUUCCCGAUGACAAAUAUGUAGGACAAUUAUUUGAAUUGGAAUCAUUACCCAUCAUUAAAUUACCUGAAUCUGGUUUGACAAUACAUCAACGAAAAUUUCUUGAUAAACUUCAAUGUAAAAAUUUAUCUGAAAUAUUAAAAUCAAAUGUAAAUGUUACAAAUGUAAAACAAUCCGAUGAUUUAAAACAAUUUUAUACACAAACUUUACCAUUUAUUUCCAAUUAUUUAUACAAUGAAAUAGACAUGUUUGAUCAAUCAUAUAAUAAACGAAAAUUAAAUGAAAUAUUUUUACAAAUGAAAUUUUUCAUUGUUGAUAAUAUUGAAGUGACAUAUGGAUAUAAUUAUAAAUCAUUUAAUCAUAUCUAUCAUUGUUAUCUUGAUCAAAAAUUUAAAAAAUUUUAUUUAUUAAAAACACAUCAUUAUUCACAAAGUAUUGAUACAAUGGUACAAUUUAUUAUUAAUGAUACUGUUAUAGAAUGUCAAUAUAAACGAGAUAAAUUAGAUAAAUAUUAUAGAAAAUUAUUAACAGCUUAUUCAAAAGAUCAAUUAAAACAAAACAUUACGGAUGACAAUGAUGAUUCAAAACCAGUAUGGAUAAUAAAUAUAGACAAUGAAGAACAAGAUGAAAAUAAUGUAAUAGAAGAUAUCGAUAAUGAUGAUACAAAACUUAAUAUUCAUAGUGAUCCAACACGAAUUGAUCAAAUAUUAAAUGAAGAAAAAAUUGUAAUAUCAAAAUCGAAAUCAGAACAUAAACAAACUUAUCAACAAUCUAAUACGAAAAGUUCAAGUUAUGAUAUCCAUAUACAUGAUGAAACAAAUAAAUCAACAAUAGAUGACAAAGUAAAUAAGAAUGAUUCAUCGACAACGACUGUACAAAAAGAACAUCAAUAA